GAAAAAAAAGAACAAAGAGUGAAAAAAUCUGUGAAGUGAAAUAAAUUCAGUGGACUGUUCUCGAGCCUACUGCUUCUUGUAAAAGUGAAAAUAUUUUAAACCGCGUGAGUAUUUCAUGUGAUUGUGCUGAGAAAAGACUAUUAAUUGUGUUUAAGUUUAUUGUACUAGAAUAGAACUGGUUUGUUAAUAAAAGAAUUCAGGUAAUGAAUUAGGUAAAGCAAACGUUGUGGCAAGUCGCCAUUUUGUUUAAAACGUAUUCUUUUUUGGAGCAUCUACAAUCAUAAGAUUCUACAAUACUAUCUAAGAUAUCUACAAUAGAUUAAGAUUCUUUAAAAGUUCUUGCACCAUGACAGAAAAUUCUUCUAAAGAACCACCAAUACAAACUUUGAGUGGCAUGCCACCGAAUACCAACCCAUGGAUGUACGGUGUCUAUCACCAAUACAAUGGGUAUCACGGUGGCAUGUUCCCGCAGUUUUAUAAUCAGCAGUACUUCAACCAAAUGGGUAAUAAUGGAGCAUAUCAAAAUGACAACCAACAAUAUCAAAAUAAGGACGCGAAACCAGGUUUCGGUCAUCCUCAAUUUUCCAAACCCCCUCCACCUCUGCUAGGAAUGUCUCCAUUCGACGCGAGCCGCCCGUUUAACAAUCAGUCUCCCAUUAGAUUUAAUCUUGCCGGCAAUAGAAAGUCUGCUCCUCUUCCUCCAAAUGAAAAUCCUCUUUUGGCGAAUAACAACAAUAAUAAUGGUAAGAAAAAACGAAAAAAGGGAAAUCAGGCAACUAAUGAGGCAGGGACUGUUUUGAUGCCUCCGUUGCCAGACCAUCCACCACCGCUGCCUCCGUGUCCUCCACCAGAUCUUCCCAAACCACCCCCUCCUCCACUCGAUGUUCCUUUACCUCCCCCCAUAGCAACUGAGGAUAUUCCUGAACCGCCAGAGGAGCCCAAGUGCGAGAAUAAUGAGAAAGAAUUAGAGAAUGUUGUUCCAAAUGACAACUCUUCAAAUUUCUUUAAUUCUUCAUCAAUGCAAAACUCAGCAGGUACCUGGCCAGAUAGCUUGGAAAGGUAUAUAAAAAGAUGUUAUGAGAAAUGCCGAACACAUAUUGACCGUGACCAAAUUGAUAUAUGUCUAAAGGGUCGUAUUACAGCUGCCGCUAACAAAGAUGAGAUCUGGACAAGGAAUUGGGAUGAUGAGCCAAUACCUAGUGUACAUAGUGAGAGAAAUAAUUUAUCAGUGAAACCUGUUCGGGGUACAUUGUCAUUGUACCAAAAGUGUGAAGCUGUAGAGUUAAACAAGAACAAGUCAUUGAGUAGUAGAAACUUUAAUACCCACAAAAGCUCACCUCAGAGAAGAAGGAAAGCACAUUCCAGGAGUCGGUCUAAGUCUAAAAGUCCACCAAGAAAAAGGCACAGCACAUCGUCUGCAUCUAGUGAUGAGAUUGAAGAGAAAAAAAGUUUUAAGAACAAAGGCCGCCAGAAGGUUAAGGACAGACUUUCUCUGGACCAGAAAAAACCAGAGAAAUAUCAGAAAAAUAUCAAAAAGAAGGCAUUUAACCAAUUUAAUGUUGAAGACUUGCAAGGAAAUGCUGAAAAAUUACAGAAAAGAGCACAAAGAUUUGGUAAUGCAAAUGUUCCCACCAUAGCUAGCUCGUUACAGGCUAACCGACCUAGUGAAGUUUAUAAAAGGCUGGAACCCUGUCCUAAAAGACCAAUUAUUCAGACUACAGAAGGGGAUUAUGAACUUAACAACAUGCAUAUAGUAGGAACAUGUACCGACAUUGAAAAGUCCUUCUUAAGGUUGACAAAGGCACCCGAAGCAUGUGAGGUUCGCCCAGUCACAGUGCUGCGGAAUUCUCUGAGAAAUGUAAAAGAGCGAUGGAUAAAUAGGCAAGAUUAUAGAUAUGCAUGUGAUCAACUGAAAUCAAUACGGCAAGAUCUAACAGUUCAAGGAAUAAGGGACAAUUUUACGGUAGAAGUAUAUGAAACACAUGCCAGAAUAGCCUUAGAGAAAGGUGAUCAUGAAGAAUUCAACCAAUGUCAAACGCAACUUAAAAUGCUUUACAGUGAACUUCCAGAUUGCAGGGCUAAUGAAGCAGAAUUUAAGGCAUAUAGGAUUCUGUACUAUAUAUUUACAAAUAAUACUUUGGAUCUUACUACAAUUUUCCAAUUCCUGUCCAAAGAGGAUAGAGAAAAUGAAUGUAUCAAGCAUGCAUUGAAUACAAGAUGUGCAUGGGCCACAGGCAACUUGCACAAAUUUUUCACACUGUAUAAAACAGCUCCAAUGAUGGCAUCAUACCUCAUAGAUUGGUUUGUGGACAGGGAGCGGAAAAAUUACCUGAAAUUCAUCAUAAAGUCCUACAGGCCGAGUGUUCCCGUGGACUUCAUUGUUCGUGAGCUGGCGUUUGAAUCAACUUCUAAAUGUUUUGAGUUUUUAAACCAAUUUCCUGUCUCGUAUACUGGCAGUGAUCAGAAUCAUAUUGAUUGCAAGGCCAGCCUCUCAGUAUGCCAGAACAACAUCUAACAUACCACUUAUGCAUUUGUGCAUAGCCGUCCUGUUAAAAUGAAAUAUAUUUUAUGUGUCAUAAUGUAAUGGCGCAGUGGCAGGGUCAACAGUUGGGCAGAGCUUCGGCAGUCGCUAUCAUGGCCAAUAUCGUUAUUCACCUUCGUUUUAUUAGGCACAGGCGGCGACACAAUAAUUCUUACAAUAUUCAGCUGACAAGUUUGGAAUUUGUGGCAGUUUUAGCAAGAAUCUUGAUUUUAUGAAGAAAAAACGCUUCAUGUUUGGCGUGGCUACAGAGUACAGAAUUUGGAGAUUUUAGUGCAUAGACGUUUCAGCAGUGCUAAAGACUUACAGGAAGAAAGCAAAUAGUGUUUAUCAAUAAGUGGAUAUCAAAUCGUUGAUGUUGUGUAAAUAAUGAUUUUGUUCUAUAUGUUCAUAGUAAAAUUAAUAAUUAUUAAAUUUGUACAUAGUGUUAUAUGAUCAUGAAGUCAAUACAUGAUUUUUUCAUAA